AUGCUUCUUCAAGUGGUCAUAUUCUCGAGUCUCUUUUUAUAUUUGAGUAUAUCGAAAAGAUUUUACAAUUUUGAUUUCACAAAGCAUCUGAGUACCAAAAACCUUUAUCCGAUAGAAUCCGAUACAGCACCAUCUGCGGACGUGCCGGAAUCCUGCGGAUUGGUGCAAUUACAUUUGGUUGCCCGACAUGGUGCAAGAAAUCCCUCGAUUGAUGACGUUAAGGAACUCGAUGUCCUGGAUACACUUUUUGCUAACGUCCCUAUAGUGAAGGAUUGGCGGAAUCCAUUCAGUCAAUCCCAGGCCUCACUCCUCACGCAACGUGGUGAGCACGAACUCUACCUAUUGGGUAAACGGUCACGUAAGCGGCACCCUAAAUUCUGGGGUAACAUUACGUACAAUCCAAACGUCAUAGAAUUCCGGAGUUCAGAACGCUCCAGAUCAGGACAGUCAGGAAUUGCCUAUUCUUUGGGUCUGUUUGAAGGUUAUGGGAAGUUGGGCGAAUCGAUGUUGCAACCAGUCUAUAUACACACCACACCAGCGAGCCAAGAUAAAGAGUUGUUGACGCACCACAUCUGCCCCUUAUGGGUCAACACGAUUAAAUAUAGUCCAGCUUUCGAGAAACAGAAGAAAAUCUUUCUUCAUACUUAUUUAUCUAAAAUUGCUGAAAGACUUAGCAAUCGAUUUGGAAUGAGACCGCCAUUGAAACCAAUUCACGUGGACUAUAUUUAUCGCGCUUGCUCUUACGCCGUAUCAUAUUCCGGUAGCACCGACACGUGGUGCAGUUUGCUAGAGGAAGAUGAUUUUUUAAAAUUGGAAUAUUUUCAUGAUAUGGAGAAAUACUACACUUUUUCCUACGGUUCUCCACUCAACACCAAAUUGGCUUGCAAAUUAUAUACUAGUCUGGUGAAAUCGGUGGACACCUUUUUGGAAGGGAAAUCUUCACUGAAAAGUGUCUUGAAGUUUGCACAUGCCGAAACAAUAAUAUUCGUAACGACAAUGCUGGGUUUAUACAAAGACGAUUACCCUCUCGAAGCCGACAGGUUCUACCAAUCUAAAUCUAGAGAGUUUCGGACUAGCAACAUUGCACCAUUCGCGUCUAACGUUUAUUUUGAGAUCUAUAAUUGCACGAAUAAAUAUGAAACCACGAUCUAUGUUCAGAUGCUAGUCAAUGAAAAACCUGUUGUCAUACCAGGAUGCGGUUACACGUUUUGCCUAUGGGAUAGGUUCAAACAAUUGUUAGGAAACAAUAUCGAUUGUGACUUUGAUAGAAUAUGUCAAUCAUAA